AGCGUUUUUGUUGUUAUUUAGACGUUUAUUAACACCCUGGAACUCAAACUAUGACUCAUUUAACUGCACAGCAUCACAUACUUACCCCAUGUAGUAUUUAAUCCGCGUUGGAAACAGGACUUGAUUAAUAGAGGUUAGCUAUCUAGGUAACGCUACCUAGCUGCUAAGUUAGUUAACAAUGGCUGCUAACUGUAUGGUUUUUCACACUCAAAUAGCCUCCAUAAUGGAGGUGCUAGCGAAUGCAGCCGUGGCAGAGGUCUGUAAACUCGUUGACGACGACUAUGCAGUGUUUCGGUUGGAAAUAACUCACAGCCAGAAAGAAAACAGUGCAUUGCGGAGGAAACUACAGCUUCUGGAACUGAAAUUGUCACGGGAGCGCGCAGAGAGGACAAUGCGAGAGCGCGUCCUCGCCAGUCGUCCCAGAAGUGUCAAGGUCCUCGACCGAUACAGAGGAUUGGCAAGAGGUGAAGGAGAUCUCACUGGAGGCCACAGGAGCUUUGUGAAGCCAGCUGGACACAAUACAUGGAGAGUUGACCAAACAAUCACUGUUGAUGAGGGGAUUCAAACCUCAACCCAGCACGUUAUUGUGAUAGAGGAUACAGAGGCUGCAGGUCCUGGGGUCAAGCUUGAGAGGUCUGAAGGAGAGGAGGACCCACAGCAUAGCAGAGACAUCCAGACUGCAGCAGCUGGAGCUUCCCCUGAAGCCAUGGAGGACCUCGCCGCCGCGCCCAUGCCCAGGACCCAACGCAGCAUCACGGAGGAGGAGAGUCCAGAGGUGCUGCUGGUGAAGGAGGAUGGUUGUGAGGAGAGUCUGGGGAACCCUGAGGGGACCAUGGUCAUGGAAAACAACCAAACAACACCUCCUCCUGAACCCACAGAGGAACCAGCUGAGCAGCACAGGACCCCACACAGUCUCACUGAGCCAGUAGACAUGGAGGAUGGGAAGCCUGAUCUGCUGCUUGUCAAAGAGGAGACAAUAGAGGACGGACCAGAGAGCAUUGACCUGCUGAGCGGACUAAAGGGGGGGGAGCAAGGUGGUUGGCUGGAGGAUUACAGAGGAGACUGGGCGGCCAUCUUGGAUUCCCAGACCCAGACGGGUGCAGCCAAGAGCCAGGGGGAUGACAUCACCGAGCAGGCCAGGACCAGAGGCAACAUAGUGGAGGUCAGUGGAUGGGACAAUAUCCUCAACUCUAGGCUGAGGAACAACACUGUUAACCACAACCAGAAAAAGACAAUCGAACACAAAACAACAACCAAACUUAGUGUCCAUGACAACAGACUAGCUGAGGCCAGGAUGAGACAUAGAUUUGGUCCGGGGGGGCGGGGAGGUGUCCGUAUGCAGCUGGAGAGAACAGACACAGACUUGGCUAGUGAUGCUCCUUCCUGCUCCUAUAGUUGUGAUUCAGAGAGACUGAUGGCGCCUCAGGUUAACCACCUAACAGAUUCUGCCUUCAGCCUGCCUUCUAUAGGAUCUAUCAACUGGAACAUGGACCCUGGGACAACACAGACACUCCCUGGCCUUUGUUCUCCUCACACUCCCCUAAUGUUAAACCAGACCUCAGACAAUGCCAGUGCCUCAACACUGAGUGGCUACACAAGCCCAUUGACAAAUGACAGUAGUAGAGAUGGAAUCAGUAAAGGUGGCGGCGCCAAAGAAAAGCACUUCCCGUGUUCGUUCUGUGGGAAAGUCUUCAGUUUCCCCAAACAGGUGGCGAUCCACCAGAGGAUGCACACGGGGGAGAAACCAUUCGGCUGCCACCUGUGCCGGGCCAGUUUUUCAGACUCGUCCAACCUGAAGAGGCACCAGAGGGUCCACACAGGGGAGAAACCCUACAGCUGCCCCCAGUGUGAGAAGAGGUUCUCCCACCAGCCCCAUCUGAAGAGGCACCUGAAGAUCCACACUGGAGAGAAGCCGUUUGCCUGUACGCACUGCGGGAAGAGGUUCUCAGAGAGGGGCUACCUCAGGAUACACCAGCAGAAAAUGCACACCGCCCAUGUAUAGAGUAUAGUGACAUGUAAUGUAGUACUAGUUCAUUUGUUUGUAGUUAAAUCAGUUGAUUUUGGAUGUAUAGUGAACUGGAUGAGGUGAACUGAGGAGAGAAUGAGUGUGAUAAGGCAGAGUAGAUUAUAUGGUGAUGGUUGGUGUGAGGUGUCUGUACAAAUGCUUCACUGACUGUUCUUUGUUGUUGGUGUUUAUUUAUGAGGCAAUUAUAGUGACCUAAUAGUACUUCAUUUUAUGUGAAUGUAUGACCAUUUUGUUUAAAUUAAAUACAAAAUUGACUCUG